GAGAAAUUUCCUUGAUUCUAUUCUCCACUGGAAACGAAAAAAAAAAAAGGAAAAAAGGAAAAAAAAAUCCCAUUAAACAGCAAGAAGACGCGAUCUCAAAAACCCCUCGAUCGAGUUUUGUUUAUAGAGAGCUGGUUGAUGAAGAAGGGGGAGAUCAAGGAGCCAUGCAAGAAGCAGGCCUGCGACAUCCAAGCUUGCCUCACCAAGAACAAUUUCAACCCUCAAAGGUGCCUUAAAGUCAUUGAACUCUUGCAGUCUUGUUGUGAGAAAUGCGAGUACGAAUCAACUCACUGUGCUUCUGUUUCUGGACUUCUGAAAUCGAAAUCUAAGUGAUUCUACUCGAUGCUUGACAAUAGCAUCAGAGUAAGAGAGAGAAGUCUUUUGUUUAGUUGAAGUCAUACUGAAUUCAUCAUUUGUUCUGUUGAAGCUGGAUUGGGUUGACAAAAGUGUAUAACAUGAGCAUUUAUUUGAUGUACGAGUAUACGUUCCUUUAUAACACACGAAUACAUGUACCUUUUCUCACAUGGAAUUUGACUUCGCGUUCUUGAAUAAUAAAUCAGUAUUUCUCAA